UUUCACUCCAUCAAUCAUUGACCAUCAGUCGGUGCGUGCGGUAACAGUUUUUUCUCCUGCGGUAAAUUUUCACAAUUUUCAGUAAAAAAAAGCUUGUUAAACCUUUUCCCGAGUGAUAUUCGACAAGCAGAGGAUUCGCCAAGGCCGUGAAAUAUCAGUAUUGAAAUAUACGCAUUUGUCGAGCCGCUUUUUUCAAUCAAAUUCAGGUUAGUCAAAAGCCAAUUAGAAAGUAAAAUGGCCGACCAGGACGCAAACGGGUAUAACGAUGAAGCGAGCGAUUUCAAACGCAAGAAUAACAGUAAAAAUCAGGAAGAAAUCGAGGAAAUGGACGACGAACAAGAGAAUCCCCAAAAUCAGAAGUCCCAGGAGUAUAUUAAGGGCAUGAUCGCGGAGCGAAUUGCCAUCGACAAGAAAUAUCCGAUUGCGGACCGGCUUCUGGAAGUGGAAAUUGAAAACGUCCAAAAAUCUGGUAAACCGCCAGCUCGUCGCUACAUUGAUAUCUAUCGUGAGAAGCACAUCAAAGUAACGGUUAAGAUUUUAGUUCCGAUCAAGGAACAUCCACGGUUUAACUUUGUUGGUAAACUGCUCGGUCCCAAGGGAAACACAAUGAAACGGCUUCAGGAAGAUACACUUUGCAAAAUGGCGAUUUUGGGAAGAGGUUCGAUGAAGGACCGCAAAAAGGAGGAAGAACUGCGCAACGCAAUGGAUCCCAAGUAUGCACAUCUGAACGACGAUCUGCACGUCGAGGUGAAUGCAAACGGACCACCGGCUGAGGUGCACGCUCGCAUUGCCUACGCUUUGGCUGAACUGCGCAAGUACCUGAUUCCAGACAGCAACGAUUUCAUCCGUCAGGAACAGAUGCGAGAGCUGAUGGAGGAUAGCGAAACUGAAGUUCCGCCGAAGAAACCAUUCAAGAAACCGAUGAUGCAGAUGGAAGCACCACCACCACCACCGGUUAUCAGUUCGAGACCCCUUCCUGCACCGAAGAAAGUUCUCUCGAUUUUGGAUAAGGCACGAGCCGCUAUGGAGGAAACGCACGGACCGAGACCUGGGCCUCCUCAGCGUUACGAAGAGCCAGUAUACGAACAAAGUUACGAGCCAAACUACUCGUAUCAUCAACCUGGACCGCCGGUACAACGUCCUAAAUAUGUUCCGGAAGCUCCCGAAUAUGAGCAAGAGUACCGCCGUGAGUACUACCGAGAACCGGCGCCAUAUGCAGCUUCACCGAAACCGGUUCCUGUCAGCGCCGCUGCCCGACCCUGGAAGCCAUCAUCAUAUGUAAUGCCGCCGCGUGGUGGCCACGCCGAGGAGCUCUCAAUGAAACAUGUUGCCCGCGAAGGUGUCCCCCGAUAUCGCCAUGCUCCCUAUGGUCGACCCCAGAAGUAAACACCAGCAUAAUUUUUAUACAUCUCGACAACUUUGAAAUAACGUGUUAAGAAUGAGAAACAAAAACCGUAGAAUUCAAUUCGAUCACAGGAUUAGCUGCUUUAACUACACGAACUAGGUCAAAACUGUUGACCUCCAAGUGCCGGCAGCUUUUCAAACUAACUAAUGUAAAUUUGUUCAAACUUUUAUUUGAAACUACUCGGUGGGGAAGACCAUUGGUUCAGCAGGGGGCGGAAAACACCGGAGGAAGCUAAAAGGAAGGAUCUAAAGAAACGCAAAAUUGGAGAAGGAGAUUACAUUCAACAACUUUAACAACAACAAUUAAACGAAAACAACAUGAUGACGGUUAAACAAGCUAAACCUUUGGAUGAAAUUUGAACAUUUAAUAGUUUUAUGAUAAAAGCACUGACGUAAUAUCACAGUAAUACCCCCGUAAGCCGAGUGGUGUAAACCUAAAUAAGCAUUUUAAAGUUAUCUUGAAAAUGAAAAAAAACUGUUCUAGGCCCAAAAACUAGUAACCAGUGUAAUACUUGUUACUAUUAAACAUUUGAGCACCAACGAUUGACUCUUAAUAGAAGUAAAACAUAUAUUAUAAACAUUAAAAACCUAAAAUGCUAUAAUUCAUGAAAAUACUAUACCAUACAAUAAAUAAAAAUCUGCAAAAAAUAAAUUAAGGAACUAAGCUUAUUUUCAUGAAAAAAUAAGAUUAAUUUUAUGUACGCAAUGGUAGGCUUGAAAAAAAUUACAAUUUUAACUUUUUUUUUUGUAUUUUCCAGUUUAAUUAGAAUUAUUAACAUAAAAAUGAAUAUUGAAAGGUAAAAAUUAAGAAUUUUGUCACUUCCGUGGUAGGAAACUUGUACUGCUCUUCAGUCCUAUUGAAACAAUAAAAAAUAAUAUUGUAGUAGAAGAUAAAUCGAAAAGCAAAACUUGUGCAGGCUAGCAGACAGAUUAGCAAGCAAGAUUAAUUCAGCAGAAAAAUAAAAUUUAAACCAACAGAAUCAAUAAUGUUGAAAGAAGAUAUAAUAAACUAUAAAGUAUGAUGGCAAAACUUAAUAUAUUCAAAAUAUUACUCAGCUAUUAAAUAAUCGCAAAAGUAUGUAAAACAAACGAACAUGUAAUAAUGCUGAUAAAAAUAAAGUCUCCCAUCUCAAAAAAAAUCGCAAUCAUCAAA